UCACCGCGCUUUCAGACCUCCGCGGCCGGCUCCGGCGCUCAAAGCGACUGCUCACGGCUCGAAGGUGCCCGGGUGGUCCGACAGCUGAGCUGGCCGCAGCUGCCUCCUCAGCCCCCACCCGCCAUGAGGAGCGCGCAUCCCCUGGUCCUUUUCUCCCUGGUUGCCCUUUGCGGGCCCGGGGACUGCCGUGUGGCCAAUGCCGAGGAGAAGCUCAUGGAUGACCUUCUGAACAAAACCCGCUACAACAACCUGAUCCGCCCAGCCACCAGCUCCUCCCAGCUCAUCUCCAUCCAGUUGCAGCUCUCCCUGGCCCAGCUCAUCAGCGUGAAUGAGCGAGAACAGAUCAUGACCACUAACGUCUGGCUGAAACAGGAAUGGACUGACUAUCGCCUGGCCUGGAACAGCUCCCACUAUGAGGGUGUGAACAUCCUGAGGAUACCCGCAAAGCGCAUCUGGCUGCCUGACAUUGUGCUUUACAACAACGCGGACGGGACCUAUGAGGUGUCUCUCUACACCAAUGUGGUGGUGCGCUCCAAUGGCAGCAUCCUGUGGCUGCCCCCUGCCAUCUACAAGAGUGCCUGCAAGAUUGAGGUGAAGCACUUCCCCUUUGACCAGCAGAACUGCACCCUCAAGUUCCGCUCCUGGACCUACGACCACACGGAGAUCGACAUGGUCCUCAAGUCGCCCACGGCCAGCAUGGAUGACUUUACCCCCAGUGGUGAGUGGGACAUAGUAGCCCUCCCAGGGCGAAGGACGGUGAACCCACAGGACCCCAGCUAUGUGGACGUGACUUAUGAUUUCAUCAUCAAGCGCAAGCCGCUAUUCUACACCAUCAACCUCAUCAUCCCCUGUGUGCUCAUCACCUCACUGGCCAUCCUUGUCUUCUACCUGCCCUCCGACUGUGGCGAGAAGAUGACACUGUGCAUCUCCGUGCUGCUGGCGCUCACUGUCUUCUUGCUGCUCAUCUCCAAGAUCGUGCCGCCCACCUCCCUCGACGUGCCACUCAUUGGCAAAUACCUCAUGUUCACCAUGGUGCUGGUCACCUUCUCCAUUGUCACCAGUGUCUGUGUGCUCAAUGUACACCACCGUUCACCUAGCACCCACACCAUGGCGCCCUGGGUCAAGCACUGCUUCCUAUACAAGCUGCCCACCUUCCUCUUCAUGAAGCGCCCUGAUAGCAGCCCCUCCAGGGCCCCCCAGCUUAGCCAGUCUCGCCUGACCAAGUCCGAGCCCACUGCCACCACUGCCUUGGCCACGGGCCCUGCCAGCUCCUCCAACCUCUAUGGGAACUCCAUGUACUUAGUGAAUCCUGCCUCUGCAGCUCCCAAGUCUCCAGCCGGCUUGGACUGGGCAGGUAUCCCCAGCGAUUUCCGGCUGAGGUCUUCUGGGAGGUUCCCGCAGGAUGUGCAGGAGGCCUUAGAGGGCGUCAGCUUCAUUGCCCAGCACAUGAAGAGUGAUGAUCAAGAUCAGAGUGUCAUUGAGGACUGGAAGUACGUGGCCAUGGUGGUCGACCGGCUGUUCCUGUGGGUGUUCGUGGUUGUAUGUGUGCUCGGCACCGUGGGGCUUUUCCUACCUCCCCUCUUCCAGACCCACAUGCCCUCUGAGGGGCCCUAGGCUGCCCUGUGUGUCUGAGGGCCCCCAGGGCUGUGGGGUGAGGUGAUAUGAGCAGCCAAGUGGGCAGUUUGCUGCUUCCUUCUGGAUCAAGGCUGAUGAGGCCCUAAAUAAAUAUAAGACCAUUGGGCAUCAACCCCAUCAAACAGCCAUGGCUGUGGGAGGGGUGAGGAUGGGGGCCCUGGACUAUCUUCUCUGAAGGCCUUGGAGGACCCCCAGGAAAUCUCAGCAGGAGGGGGACAGUUGAAUUCUGGCUGGUCUUCCUUCCCUGCCCCAGGCCCUGGGGAUAAGGACAAGCAAAACAGCAGCACCUACCAUGUGCCUGGCAUCUUGCCCACAUCCUGGCCUACCUUUCACCCCAUCUCCUUCCAUUCCCCCUGACCACUAGGCUCCCUGGCUUUCUUUCAGUCCCUCACACUCAGGAUCCUUUCCAGCUCAGAGCCUUGGCAUUUGCUGUACCUUCUACCCCAAUCUUCUUCCUCCAGGGCCUCCCAAGCUCCUCCCACGGCUGCAUCAUUCAGAGCUCUGCUCCAGUCCUUCCUUUGUUCUAAGGUCACCUCCCUGAGAGGCCUUCCCCAAUCGCCUAUUCUAAAGGGUCCUCCCCCACGGCCACUUUACACUGACACCUUCCUCGAGUGCUCCUCGGUGCCUGAAGUUCUUAAUUGGUGGUGUGUUUAUUGUCCACAUCUCACCCUCUAGAGUGUGAGCUCUGAGAGAGCAGGGACACGGUCCCUCGUAUUCGCUGCAGUAUCUCCACGACUUAGGACAGAGCUUGGCACACAGCAGGUGCUCAAUAAAUGUUUGCCAAAUGAAUGAAUAGCUCCUAUUCCUCCUUCAAGUUCGGAUGUCCCUCCUGGGAGCAGCCAUCCUUGGUUCCCCGCUGAAGAGAAAGUCCCCUCCUCCACGCUCCGCGGCCCUGGGCACGUUCUGCUUCAGAUCACGGCUGGGUUCAGCUGUGUCUCCCUCACAGAUGCUCUGACGGGUUCUCUCACAUACAAUUUUUUGCCCAGUGCCUGGCACAUAGUAGACAUUCAAAACAUUUGUGGAAUGGAGGAGAAAUUUUUUAAAAUUCUAUUUUUUAUAUUAUUAUACUAUAAAAUUGACUUUUUACAUAUAGUUCUAUGAGUUUUAAUCCAUGCAUAGAUUUGUGUAAUCAGGAUAUAGGAGAGACCCAUCACCCAAAACAGCUCCCUCUCGCUACUCCUUUCUGGUCAUGCCUACCUCCACCCCGACCCCUGGCAACCACUGAUCUCUUGUCCCUCCGUCCAGUGUAGACUUUUCAAGAAUGCUAUUUAAAUGAAUCAUACAGGAUGUAGCCUUCAGAGAGUAGCUUCUUUCAUUCAGCAUAAUGGCUUUCAGAGUCAUCUAAGUUAUUGAGCGGACAGUUUGUCCUUUUGUCUUGCUAAGUAGUAUUCCAUCACGUGGACGUUGAAGCACAUGUAGAUUGCUGCCAGUGUGGGGCAAUUACGAAAAGAGCUGCUAUAAAC